UUUCUAGAACAACGCCCGUCCUCUGGUGGCCGUAUAUAGAAGUUAUAAGCACGGCGUUCUUUCAUGCGAAGUUUGAAAGUGUAUUUUGGAUAAGUGCUAAGAAAUAAUAACAAAUAUGGAAAUUAAUGAAAACAAUCUAAAGACCUUGGCAAAUUAUCUUCAAGAGACUUUGUCUCCAAAUGUUGAAGUUCGAAGGCCAGCCGAAAAAUUCCUUGAAUCUGUGGAAAUAAAUCAAAAUUAUCCAGUAUUAUUAUUGCAUUUAGUUGAUAAGAGUGACUGUGAUAUGACAAUUAGAAUUGCUGGUUCAAUUGUCUUCAAGAAUUAUGUAAAGAGAAAUUGGAGAAUAAUUGAAGAUUGCUCUAAUAAAAUUCAUGAAAGUGAUAGAAAUGCUAUUAAAAAUCUUAUUGUGGGGUUAAUGCUACGUAGUCCAGAACAAAUUCAACGACAGUUGAGUGAUGCAGUCAGUAUAAUUGGCAGAGAGGAUUUUCCUCAGAAGUGGCCUAACUUACUUCCAGAAAUGAUUAAUCAUUUUCAAACAGGUGAUUUUCACAUCAUAAAUGGAGUGCUUCAAACAGCUCAUUCACUUUUUAAAAGUCUGAUAAGUAGAAUAUUUAUUAAUUUCCAAAAUGUAAAGGAGGAUGAAGAAGCUGGCUUGCUUGAACAGUUGAAAUCUCAAAUUUGUGAUAACAUUGCCCUUUAUGCACAGAAAUAUAAUGAGGAAUUUCAAAAGUAUUUACCAGAAUUUGUGACUGCUGUAUGGCAUUUACUUACAAACACUGGAAAACAAGUGAAAUAUGAUUUGCUAGUAAGCAAUGCUAUCCACUUUCUGUCAUCUGUUGCUGACAGGCCUCAUUAUAAACAUCUGUUUGAAGAUCCAAAUAUAUUAAGUUCUAUCUGUGAAAAAGUUAUCAUUCCAAAUAUGGAAUUUAGAGAAUCUGAUGAAGCAUUAUUUGAAGAUAAUCCUGAAGAAUAUAUUCGACGAGAUAUUGAAGGAUCAGAUGUAGAUACUAGAAGGCGAGCAGCAUGUGAUUUAGUAAAAUCCCUAUCAAAGUUUUUUGAAGCAAAAAUAUCUGAAGUUUUUUCUCAGUAUGUGCAAGCGAUGUUACAGUGCUAUUCUUCAGAUCCUUGUAAUCAGUGGAAAAACAAAGAUGCUGCUAUUUAUUUGGUGACUUCAAUGGCUGUAAAAGGACAAACAUCAAAACAUGGUAUUACUCAAACAAAUGAAUUGGUGAAUGUUGUCAAUUUCUUUAGAGAAUUCAUUCUUCCAGAUUUACAUAAAGCUAAUGUAAAUGAAUUUCCAGUUUUAAAAGCUGAUGCAAUCAAAUAUGUUAUGAUAUUUAGAAAUCAACUUCCAAAGCAACUUGUGAUAUCAAGCAUUCCACAUUUAAUCAACUUAUUGACGUCAUCUAAUGUAGUUGUUCAUACUUACGCUGCUCAUGCUUUGGAGCGUAUAUUUACUGUCAAAGAUACAAAUGGUGCAACAAUUGUUUCUGUAAGUGAUAUUCAGCCAGUAAUGGACAGACUACUGAAUAAUCUCUUUGCAGUUAUUGAAUGUGAAGGGUCUGCAGAAAAUGAAUAUAUUAUGAAAGCUAUCAUGCGAACAUUUUCAUUACUUCAAGAAGCAAUUAUUCCUUUCCUACCUAUUCUUUUACCCAAAUUGACUACAAAAUUAACUCUUGUUAGCAAAAAUCCAAGUAAACCACAUUUUAAUCACUUUUUAUUUGAAACAUUAAGUUUAUCAAUCAGAAUUGCCUGUAGAACCAAUCGUAAUUCUAUUACAACAUUUGAAGAUGCUCUUUUUCCUGUAUUUCAAGAUAUCUUGCAGCAAGAUGUCCAAGAAUUUAUUCCUUAUGUUUUUCAAAUUAUAUCUUUGUUAUUGGAGUUCAAUGCUAGUCCAGUACCCGAUUCAUACAUGGCAGUUUUUCCAUGUCUUUUGGCUCCAGUCCUAUGGGAAAGACCUGGAAAUAUUCAUCCUUUAGUAAGACUUUUACAGGCUUACAUAGAAAAAGGGGCUCACCAGAUUAUUGCAACAGAUAAACUGGGUGCUGUUUUAGGAAUAUUUCAGAAAUUAAUAGCUUCCAAAACUAAUGACCAUGAAGGGUUUUAUAUUCUUCAAAGUAUUGUAGAACAUGUAAAUUCUGAUCAGUUAGCUCGAUUUUUGAAACAGAUCUUUCUUCUGUUGUUCCAAAGGUUACAGAGUUCUAAAACUACUAAAUAUAUCAAAAGUCUUCUGGUGUUUUUCUUUUUCUUUAUUUAUAAAUAUGGUCCAAGUACGUUCAUAAGCAUGGUCGACGAGUUUCAACCCAAAAUGUUUGCGAUGGUGUUGGAUAGGGUCGUUAUUCCUGAGGUACAGAAAGUCUCUGGUUCUUUGGAGCGAAAGAUUUGUGCCAUUGGAAUCACAAAACUAUUAACAGAAACUCCAGCAAUGAUAGUGGGAGAAUAUGCUAAUUACUGGUCUAUCAUGCGAACAUUUUCAUUACUUCAAGAAGCAAUUAUUCCUUUCCUACCUAUUCUUUUACCCAAAUUGACUACAAAAUUAACUCUUGUUAGCAAAAAUCCAAGUAAACCACAUUUUAAUCACUUUUUAUUUGAAACAUUAAGUUUAUCAAUCAGAAUUGCCUGUAGAACCAAUCGUAAUUCUAUUACAACAUUUGAAGAUGCUCUUUUUCCUGUAUUUCAAGAUAUCUUGCAGCAAGAUGUCCAAGAAUUUAUUCCUUAUGUUUUUCAAAUUAUAUCUUUGUUAUUGGAGUUCAAUGCUAGUCCAGUACCCGAUUCAUACAUGGCAGUUUUUCCAUGUCUUUUGGCUCCAGUCCUAUGGGAAAGACCUGGAAAUAUUCAUCCUUUAGUAAGACUUUUACAGGCUUACAUAGAAAAAGGGGCUCACCAGAUUAUUGCAACAGAUAAACUGGGUGCUGUUUUAGGAAUAUUUCAGAAACUAAUAGCUUCCAAAACUAAUGACCAUGAAGGGUUUUAUAUUCUUCAAAGUAUUGUAGAACAUGUAAAUUCUGAUCAGUUAGCUCGAUUUUUGAAACAGAUCUUUCUUCUGUUGUUCCAAAGGUUACAGAGUUCUAAAACUACUAAAUAUAUCAAAAGUCUUCUGGUGUUUUUCUUUUUCUUUAUUUAUAAAUAUGGUCCAAGUACGUUCAUAAGCAUGGUCGACGAGUUUCAACCCAAAAUGUUUGCGAUGGUGUUGGAUAGGGUCGUUAUUCCUGAGGUACAGAAAGUCUCUGGUUCUUUGGAGCGAAAGAUUUGUGCCAUUGGAAUCACAAAACUAUUAACAGAAACUCCAGCAAUGAUAGUGGGAGAAUAUGCUAAUUACUGGACACCCUUGUUACAAUCUCUGAUUGAAUUAUUUGAAUUACCUGAAGAUGACACAAUACCCGAAGAUGAACAUUUUAUUGAAAUUGAAGACACACCCAGCUAUCAGAUAUCCUAUUCUCAGUUGGUAUUUGCAGGAAAGAAGGAAUGUGAUCCUUUCAAUGGUGCCAUUCCGGAUGCGCGGAUAAAUCUGGCACAGAGUCUGUACAAACUCUCGGUCAAUCAUCCAGGAAAAUUGAUGCCAUUAAUAUCUUCUGGAAUUGGUGAGGAAGCCAUUGCUCAUCUCCAGCGAUAUUUGCAAGCAGCUCAAGUACAGUUAGUGUGAAAAUUGUAUAGUUUCUGUUAUGUCGUGACAGACUGAUUUAUCAUAAUGGUAAAUGUUUCUUGAGAUACUGUAAAAUGAAAAACCAAAGAUUCACGUGUUAUUUCUUCAGAAAUCUCUUUGGUUAUGAAUUUUAGACUGUAUAUAAAUUGUUUGUUUUGCCUAAAUAAAUUUCAUAUGAAGAAAAAUAUCAAAAAUUAUA